UAUUUGUAUUCUAUUAAUUUUUUUGUGAACAGGUACCGACUCUCUGUGAAGACCUAUUAUCAUCAGUUGAUCAGCCAUUAAAGAUUGCCAGGGAUAAAGUGGUUGGAAAGGAUUACUUGCUUUGUGACUAUAACAGAGAUGGUGACUCAUACAGAUCACCAUGGAGUAAUAAAUAUGAUCCCCCUCUGGAAGACGGUGCCAUGCCAUCAGCUCGCCUGCGGAAACUAGAAGUUGAAGCCAAUAAAGCAUUUGAUCAGUACCGAGACCUAUAUUUUGAAGGAGGAGUUUCUUCUGUCUACCUCUGGGACUUAGACCAUGGUUUUGCUGGUGUGAUACUGAUCAAGAAAGCUGGCGAUGGAUCAAAAAAGAUCAAAGGCUGCUGGGACUCCAUACAUGUGGUGGAAGUUCAGGAGAAAUCAAGUGGACGUACUGCUCACUACAAGCUGACCUCCACGGUUAUGCUUUGGCUACAAACAAACAAGACUGGCUCUGGCACUAUGAACCUUGGUGGCAGUCUGACUAGACAGAUGGAGAAGGACGAGAACGUGAGUGAAUCGUCACCUCACAUUGCUAACAUUGGAAAGCUGGUUGAGGAUAUGGAAAACAAGAUCAGAAGCACAUUGAAUGAUAUCUACUUUGGGAAAACAAAGGAUAUUGUGAAUGGACUAAGAUCAGUUGAUGAUUUACCAGACACCCAAAAGCUUAAGCAGUUACAGAGGGAACUGUCUCAAGUACUGACCCAGCGCCAGAUCUUCAUCCAGCCUGAUAAUUAAAUGCCCAGGUCUGUGGCAUCACUUGCAGACAGAUCCACCCAGGAAGCUCUGAUAACUAAUUUGGCAGAAGCAUUGAAGAAAAGACAGCAGCAACCUUAUUGAUCCUUUGAGCUCACUGACAAAAGCAAAGCACUGUCAGUUUCAGUUACAUUAUUUUCUUAUUUCUUUUGUUCUUUAAUUUGUCCCAUUAAAAUUUGCCUAAACUAUUCUUGUUUAAAAGCCAUUCUAACCCUGUCAGAACUGUAUAAAAUGCUGUUUUAGCUUGUAAACAACACAAAAGCAUAUUUCACAAUCAAACAUGGGGAACUUUUACCAAAAGGCAUCUUGUACUUUGACUGCUAUUGGUCACAUUGUUUAACAUACCAGUCUAGAUUUUUUAUUGUUUAAAGACACUGGAUACACUUAAAGUGUAAAGCAAGUAAUAAAAUCAAUCUGCAGACAACAAUAGUGAGAUGGAGACCCGAUCUCACUGGAGCAUCGUGUUCUAAUUACCAGUUGCAACUUUCGAAGGGACAAGGGUUGUAUGUUCAGUAUUGUACUAUAGAAAAGAUGCUUUAUAUAAUUGACCUGAAAUUCUACAAGUUCUAACAUAUUUCCCUUAAGGUUUUCCCGUGUCAAUAUUUUCAAGAAUGCAAAGUUUUUUAUGUAAAGCUUAAACAUUAAAAUGUACAUUGUGUCCUAAAACCUCCAAGCUAAAAAUAAAUAGAACUAGAAAAUCACAUCAAACAGCAGUUAUGUGUUCAUUCUGUUUCUUAUUAGAUAUACCAUGCCUUUUUAAAGGAAAUGCCUGAAAAGAAAGAACCAUCUCAAGUCUACUUCACUAUACAGUUAAAUCUUGGCAGAAAUGUACCAUUUAUCUGUCUUGGAUCCAUAUUGUGGAUACCCUGACCUAAUAAAAACAUUAAUAUACCACUGGGUUCUGAAAAAUGCCAGUUUCUCUAGUAGCUAUAGCUUUCUGGGUGAAGGGAAUUCUGUUUUUCCAUUAUUCGUUACAUUUAAGCCGAAUCCUACAGACCCCAUGUUCAUUCCAUUGACGGUGUCUUUGGAUUAUUGGGGAUGUCCAUCUUGUGUUCCUGCUUCAACCUACUACGAAGCAGUCUUCAUAAGAGUUGUAAUAAUUAGAUUGGCUUUUGGUUUAAAAUUUAAAUUUAUCUGUGGUCAGACUGGAAAAUGAAACCAUUAUUUGUACUUUUCGUCACUCUGCAAGUGAUAGCCUGACAAUAGUUUAUUUGCAAAAUAAAGAUUGAUUGCGACACCA